AUGGCUGCCAACGGGGCAACUCCCGACUGCGAUAUCAAGGAAGAUGUUGCAAAGUUUGAUGGAUCAUUCGCCCCCAAAGCGAGGCCAACUGAGCCUCUAUCUGGCCCGUGGUACACAAACCGUGACUAUCUUAUUGGCGGUUGGUCAGAUCCUUCCAUCUGGAAAGCUGCAUUUAUCGAAGCGGUCGGUACAUCAGGCCUUGUAUAUGUGUCUGGAAAUAUUAGCACCACCCUUCUCAGUUAUGAUACCAAGCAGGUCGGUGCUUAUAUCGGUCUAUCGAAUGUGUUUUUGAUUAGUAUUUUUAUCUACGCAACUGCCGCAACCACUGGAGGCCAUCUCAAUCAAAUGAUUACGUUUUCAGCCAUUUUCUCGGGCAUCUGUCCUAUUUCAAGAGGAACUCUCUAUAUAUGCGGUCAGACUCUGGGCGCAGCAGUUCAUGGAGGUGGUUGCUUUUAUAAUACCACCACUAUUUCGUCGGGGGAGGUCUUUCUUAAUGAAGUAUUCGCUUCCUUGGUGCUGCUCUUCCUAUCGUAUGGUGUGGGUCUCGACCCGAGACAAGCAGUUGUUUUCGGCCCUCGCCUUGGCCCUCUUCUUGUUGGCUCCUCUCUGGGAAUUCUAUCAUUUGCCACCAGUGGAAUUGCCCCGGGGUACGCCGGAGCUCAGAUGAAUCCUGCCAGGUGUUUCGCAUUUGGCGUCGCGAGGAGAGACAUGUCAGGACAAUGGAUUUGGUGGUUUGGGCCAGCGAUUGCUGCACUUUUACAGGCGCUUAUAUAUAGCCUGGCCCCGCCUGCGCCUCGCCCAAAGGCAAAGAAGGAUUCGCUGCCAGCACUUCCUGUUAUGCAUCCAUGCGAUAAGUCUCGUUGUGUCUAA